AUGAAUAGCGACAAUGGAAAAGCUGUGUGGAAUUCAAUCUUGACAGAAAUUUUCAAUAAGGAAUGCUUGGAGCAAGUGUACAAGAAACAAAGGAAGGGAACUACUUUCAACAAAAAUGGGUGGGAAUUAACUUUGAUAUUCAAGAAUGUCCUGGUAACUGGAGAGACACUUUUUGUACCAUCUGUUACCCAAACCCAAAUAGAGGAUGAUGACGAUGAGGAUGUGUACUGCCCUACUAUUGACCUUCGAGAAGGCUCCAGUGAUAGUGAAGAGGAACUAAAUUUAUCUAACACUGCAGCACCUACAGGGGUCACCGAUGAGCUGUUGGGCUUGAAUGUGACCACAAAUACUGGUAAAACCAGUGGUGACGGAAGUCAAGGCAAGAGAAAGAGGGUUGUAAGCAUUGGUGGGAGGAAAAAGCAAAAAGUCCCUACCUCAAUAAAAAUAGCAGAUGCGAUGAGUGAAAUGGCUAAGGAUAAUAGAGCAAGAACAGAGACAGUGAACAAGAUUUUAGCAAAUGACAUCGGAGUUUCUGAGGUUGUGGCUCACCUAAAUGGACUCCCAGAAGUUUUUGGUGAUAAAGAUAUACAUUGGAGAUAUGUCAAUCUUGUUCUGUACAAGUCUAUGCGAGAUGCUUACUGGCAACUUAAAGAUCAUCCUAAUUACUUGGUCAAUUGGUUGAAGCACCAAGUUUACCAUCCACCAGAUUGGAUUUCAAAAAAUACAUCUGGAUGA